AUGAUGACAAAGGAUAAUGCGUCUCCAAGCCUCUUGAAAACUCCUCCCCGUCCAAAAAGACGGGCAUCCAGUCUUGCCUACGCAUCUCCUUCCACCCCAUUUAGUGCUAGAAGAUCAAAAUCAACGAAGCCAAGAAUGUCUCCGGCUCGAUCCCUGAUGCGUACCCCGUCUUCGUACAAGUCAACACCAAGCUCGUACUCUGGGGAUCGAUUCAUCCCCUCACGUCGCCAAAUGAAUGUCGAUUUGUGUCGCCGAGCACUUCUUUCUGAUGAAUUUCAGGAUGAGAACAAAGACAGCAACAAGGGAAGUAGUCAUGAUGACGAACGAUCACCCCAGCAACCUGCCGACACACCAAUCCAAAAGGAGUACAAAAGACGAAUGCUGAGCUCACUGUGCAAUAUUCCUUUGGAUGCACUGAACGAGAACGCUGAACCAAAGGGCCUUUUUUCUUUUGGUUUUGAAGAGAAGCGGAAAUUGUCUUCGUCGAUUUCCAUGCGACUGGAAGACCCAUAUUCUCACGAUACUUUGCAUGUGCUUGACAAAUUCCAGGGUACCAGUGAUUCUGCUGUUAUUAAGGGCUCUGAGGGCGUUAAUCGUCGAAUUCCAAAUCAACCAUCGAGGAUAUUGGAUGCCCCUGAUUUGGUCGAUGAUUACUAUCUUAACCUUAUCAGCUGGAGCAAGGACAAUAUUUUGGCUGUGGCGCUUGCACAUUGUGUUUAUCUGUGGAACGCUUCAACGGGUGAUAUUCAUCACCUGACGACCAUUGAAGGAAACGAUGACUACGUAACUUCAGUCCAAUGGUGCACGAUGAGCGGCCAAUCAAAAUACAUUGCGAUUGGGACAAACUCGAAUACAGUUCAAUUAUGGGAUUGUCAGUCAAUGAAAAAAGUCCGAACUCUUCAUGGACACUCCGGACGAGUUGCAUCAAUCGCAUGGAAUCAGCAUUGGCUGACAUCUGGCGGCCGUGAUUCGCUAAUCUUGCAGCAUGACGUGCGCUCUGCAAACCAUCUAGUGGCUCAGUAUAAGGGGCACGAACAAGAGGUGUGUGGGCUCAAAUGGAACGAAGAUGGGACGACUCUAGCUAGUGGGGGGAAUGAGAACUUUCUAUGCAUUUGGGAUGCAAAAAUGUCAUCGUCUCAAGGGCAGCGACGGGGACGACGAUCACAAGACUUCGCACCAAGAUUGCUUCUGCAGCAACACAAAGCUGCUGUCAAGGCUUUGGACUGGUGUCCCUUUCACCGCGGCCUCCUAGCAAGUGGUGGUGGUACAGCUGACAGGAAUAUUAAACUUUGGAAUUCCAACAGUGGUGCAAUGCUGAACUCCAUUGACACUGGUUCUCAAGUUUGUUCGAUCCUCUGGAGUCCGCACCAACGUGAGCUGUGCAGUUCUCAUGGCUUCUCGGAAAACCAGUUGAUUCUGUGGAAGUACGGCAACGGUUCUAGCUUGACUAAGGUGAAGGAACUGACAGGACAUACAUCUCGAGUUUUGAGUCUUGCAUGCAGCCCUGAUGGAAGCACAGUGGUAUCUGCUGCUGGUGACGAGUCUCUCCGCUUCUGGGACAUUUUCGGUGCCCCGCCCAGUCGCCGUUCUUCGGUGAUGCCAAUGGGUGAUAUGAGCUUUGGGAUGCCUACAGUUCGAUAA